GAUCUGACAAAGGAACCUGGGAAUAACAACUGCAUUCUACAGGAAAACAGAGAGAAAGAAGAAAAAGAAGAAUUUUUCAUUUUUAUUUUUUCGAUCAAACAAAAGCAACAAACCAUCAACCGACAAUGGUUUCUGCCGGUUUCCAGAUUUUGGGUUCUGCUUUGGGGAUCCUGGGCUGGAUUGGUGCCAUCCUCACAUGCGCCCUUCCCAUGUGGAGGGUUACGGCUUUUAUUGGCAGCACCAUUGUGACGGCGCAGACCACCUGGGAGGGAAUCUGGAUGAACUGUGUGGUCCAGAGCACGGGUCAGAUGCAGUGUAAGGUCUAUGACUCCAUGCUGGCCCUCAGCUCUGACCUUCAGGGUGCUCGGGCCUUGACUGUCAUCUCUAUUGUGGUGGGCAUCCUGGCUAUCCUGCUCUCUGUCGCCGGAGGGAAAUGCACCAACUGUGUGGAGGAUCAAACAUCCAAAGCCAAAGUUGGCAUUGGCGCUGGGGUCGUCUUCAUCAUCGCAGGAAUCCUCUGCCUCAUUCCAGUCUGCUGGACGGCUCACACCAUCAUCCGGAAUUUCUACAGCCCUCUCUUGUCUGACGGCCAGAAGCACGAGCUGGGCGCAGCGCUGUACAUCGGAUGGGGAGCGUCCGCUCUGCUGCUGAUUGGAGGGGGAAUGCUCUGCUCCAACUGCCCCAAAAAUGAGGACAACUACACCGCAAAGUACGCCGCUGCCAGAUCUGACUACUCAGCUGCUCGAUCUGAGACCUCAGCACCUGGGAAAGACUACGUCUGAAGCAAAAGUUACAGAUGAACUUUUACCAAAUGGAUUAUGAGUGCUGAUAUUUAACGUUUGUACUGAUUAAAAGCCUCUAGCAAAAACAUGAACCACACCCUUUUGAGAAAUUCAUGUGCAAAUGUUAGUUAUGUGUUAGAACUGUCAUGUGAUCAUGUCUGUAACAACUAUCGAUUGAUGAUAAUACUAAAAAAUCUUCUUUUCGUUGUCUAGAAACUAUGUUUUUGAAAACUUGUCCCUGUAACAUUGUGUGGGAGAUGUGAUUUGCUAAAAUUGUUCUGUAAAUAAAGAUUGAUUUACAAAGACAA